AUGUUUGCCUUGUUGGCCGGCACUUCCCUCACCAUGGGAAUCGCACUUGCUAAACCUGUCCCUUCCACAUGUGUAGGAUGCACAAACGUCCCGAUUACCAUUCCCGCAUCGACUGGUGCUGUCGCCGUACCAGCUGACUUCUUCGGCUUUGGAUUCGAAUCUGGACUUCUUCAUCAUUAUAACAAUAAAUUCUCGGAAAACACAGUCAACUCAAUUCAAUCGCGCAUGAGCAAGCCGCUGGUCAUUCGUGUUGGCGGUACAAGUGGUGAUCAUAUCACUUAUAACAAACAGCAAACCAAAGUCGCCGCCGAUUGUCAUUCAAAAAAUAAUAUCUGCACCAGUCUGAACAAUUAUACUGUUGGACCGGACUAUUUUGAUACUUUGAAACUUUUCCCGGGUUCUCACUGGACUCUUCAGGCUCCUAUGGGGAAUGAUAUGAAGAUUGAAAACACGAUGGCUUUCCUGCAGCAGGCCUGGGAUGCCGCCACCAACAAAGGAGCGAACAAGAAGAGGGUGGCUGCCAUUGCCCUUGGCAAUGAGCCAAACUGGUACAAGAAGUACGGUGUUGACGGAUACAUUCAGCGAUCCCAAACUAUUGAAGAGCGAGUCGUCAAGGAUUUCAAAUUGAAGGGAGAUGAGACCAGGAUUUUCCAAACUGGAGAGAUUGCGGCCGAAGUGGCAGGGAAAGCUGACUCGCCUAGCAAGUUUACACUCAUGGACCUUAUCACUCCUCUUUUCAAGGCAAAAUCCACUCAGCAGAAGGAAAUCAAGUACGCUGCUGAGCACUACUACCAAGUGAUUGGCGGGAACAACAAGGAGCAUGAAUAUGACACCGCGGAUCUGAAAACCACUUUGAUGAACCAUAAAGCCAUCACUGAUAAGCUUGCACCUUAUGCCCAGGCUGUCAAGUCCCUGAGUGCAAUCGAUAAGUCCGUGCCUCUGGUGAUUUCCGAAGCAGGAUCCGCCAUCGGCCAUACCGCAGUCGAGUUCGCGGGAGGCUUUGGUGCAGCCAUUUGGGCAGUCGACUUCCAUCUGGCUGCCAUGUCGCGUGGCAUCCAAAGAGUGUGUAAUACGCAUGGACCUGAUGCUACACACGCUUGGUGGCUGCCUGACGAUACGAGCAAGCACGCGAAAACUCCCGCUGUCCAGGGCAUCUUCCCAGCGGCACCCUUCAUUGCCGACUUCAUCGGCAAGGAAAAACUUGGAAAGAUCAAGGAGAUUGACCUCAAGAAUGACUUUCUCAGCGCUUAUGCAAUAUUUGAUCAGAAGACUGGCAAGUUGUCUCGCAUAGCUGUGAUAAACAUGCGUCAAUGGGAGUCUGGCCCGGCCGUUCGUCCAAGAUAUGUUGCCCAGAUUGAUGUUGGCAAGGAUGUGAAAUCAGCCGUUGUUCAGCGCAUGCAGUCUGAGCAUGGUGCGGCUGCUAUUGGGUUCGAUCUCGGUGGUCCAGAGCAAAAUGUAACUUGGAAUGGUGAGCAGUGGAGUUGGAAGGUUGAUAAGGGUCUUGGGCAUAAGGUUGCAGGAUACGAGGAGGAGCAUCUGACUAUCACCAAGGAUAAGAACAAGAACGGACAGAUCUCAGUCAACGUUUGGGAUACGGAGGCGGUGAUUGUAAACCUCUCAUGA